CAUAUGAAUUUAGCUAUCAAAACUGAUUAUUUACCGAUAAUUCAGAUCAUCAAUAGAAUCAAUAAUUGGAAACUCUCUUUGCUGUUUGUCUUUAUUCGAAAUCAAACCCGUUCCGAGUAAAACAUCGCAUGACAAAUUAAUGGACUGACCUUAUUUACUGCACGGAGCCAAAACGAACCUGAAAGUGACACUGUCGAUGUUUCAUCACCAGGUCUCUGUCAUCACUAACAAAAAAUACAAGUGAAGAGAUAAAACAAAAAAGAUGGAAGAAAACACACGCACAAAGCUAUUGUGUGGAUUAUUAGAUGCCAGCAAACUUGUACCGAAGUUAGAGAGCAUGCUUCGCAGACUGCGAGCUAUCUCAAUACUGCUGAUGAUGCGUCGUGACAACACAAGGUCAAAGAUUAUACAUACCAUCCACAGUUUCCAAGAACAGCUGGCUGCAUUUGAGAAGAGGGCUUUGGAUGAAAUGGAGGAAGUGUUUAGUGCCAAGUCAGAAUACCUAGACAUGUACAGGGAAUCGGUGACUUGUGACAUUGAGUCCCUACGCAGUUUGAGCAGUGAAGUUGAAAGUCUGCUGAGGUUCACCUCUGGUCCUUCAUUGAAAAACCAUGAAGUGCAUGCGAAACGCUUAAUUGAAGUGUUCAGCUUGGUGCUCAACAACAACGUUGUGGAUUUAGAUGUGGAUGAUGAUAUUGACUGUCUAGAUUUUGUUCAGAACAUGGAAGCAGAAGUGCUACUUAAUCUCGGAAAGGUUGUGUCAUCAUAUAAUCCAGAAAACUGCCCCCAGGUGGCUGUACCGGGUAGUCCAAAUGAAAGUGGAACAGACGUGGAUCAAUCUGACGAUCUAGACUUAUCCAAUACAACAAACAAAUCAGAAAGUGAUCAGAAGAGCCCAAAUGUUACAUGUUUAACUGAUCCAGUAACAACCAAGACAGAGCAGUUAACAGAAAGAAAAUUUAAACUUGCAGGUAAAAGAUUGAAGAAUCUUCAUAGUGAAAAAUCAUCCAGAGACAUUGUUUUAUCAGAUGAACAAGAAAAAGUUGAACAAUUUUCAGAAAGAAAAUUAAAACUUACUGAUAAAAAGUUAAAGAAUCUUGUCACUACAGAUAUGAAAAAAUCAUCAGAGGUGUCUAGAGACAUGGUUAUGUCAGACGGGCCAGAAAAAGUUGAACAAUUUUCAGAAAGAAAAUUAAAACAUACUGGUAAAAAGUUAAAGAAUCUUGGUACUACAGAUAUGAAAAAAUCAUUGGAGAGAGACAUGGUUAUAUCAGAUAAACAAGAAAAAGGUGAACAAAUACCAGAAAGAAAAUUCAAACUUGCUGGAAAAAAGUUAAAAAAUCUUGGUAGGCCUACUAUAGAUAUAAAAAAAUCCUCAGAGGGACCAAAGGAUUUGAUUAUUUCAGAUGAACAGGACAAAAUUGAAGUUAGUCAACCUUUAACAUAUUCGUCUGUGGUCAAGUGUGAGAAUGCUCAAGUUGUGUCUGGUGUAAGCAAUAAAGACCAUGUGAAUAACACUGAAGUUGAAGAAUUUAAUAUGAAAAAACCAAUUGUAACUUCUCAACUCAAAGAGACUGAACAAGAAGUACAAUAUGUCAGCUCAGAAGACAGGAAGCGAUGGAGAAAGUCUCUGGAUGAUAUGUUGACUAAUGUCCCAAAACCAGCUUUCAAAGUAGCUGCAGAGCUGUUAAUGAAUAUCAGUAAAGAUAGCAAGGAGUCAUCUGAUCUGUUGACACAGGAGGCUGAUGAGAAAAAUAAAGAGGUGGAGGAGGAAGAAGAAGAAGAGGAGGGAGAGGAGCAGCAACAGGAGGCUACUAAAACUUCUGAUGUAGAACUCUUCUUGGUACAGACUGCAAAUAUUUGCCUGUCCAAAGAAGCCAAAGAAGAGAUCAAUGACAAAUCCAGUAUGCAGUCUGUCCUUCCAAACAAGGAGAUCAUGCUUGCACAUGAUGAAAACGUUGUAAUGGAGGAUAUGGUUUGGGAAGAGGAGAUGAAUGAAACAGUAACUGAUCAGGUGGUUCCCGACUCUCAACUAAAGGACCCUGCCCAUGCUGUGGACUUUUCUCUCCAUAUAUCAGAUGUCCAUGACAACUCUGAGUAUGCUCUGAGAAAUAAUGAGAAGGAAACAUCACCAACAGGUUCCAAGCCAAUACAGAAAGUGUACGAUCAGCCAAAAAUUGUCCAGGAAAGUAAACGUGACCCAAAAAUAGAAUCCACACAUUAUAUUCCAACCAUCAAAGAGUUCAUUCAGAAGAAUGUGGAAAAUCGAGGUGGAGCUGCAGUUCCAGCCAAGCUGGAAGUAAGGCUUGGUCACCCAGGAAGAGGGUCUGGAGACUGCCUUCAUUUCCCAAUUGGAGUGACCACAGAUUUAGAAGGCAACAUUCUUGUAACAGACACUGGAAACCAUUUGGUCAAAGUUUUUGAUAAAGAUGGCAUCUUCAAAUAUACCAUCGGCGAUGCGAUGGUACCUGCUUUUACACGUCCCUCUGCUAUUGUGGUAAAUGCUGAAGGAAAGAUAUUUGUGAAGGAUGAUAUUUGUAUCCAUAAGUUUACCUCCACUGGCAAGUACCUGUGUAGACUUGGAGCAAGGAAGUUCAGCAUGCCGUAUGGAUUGGCUCUGACUUCGAAAGGGGACCUUGUAACAUUGGACGUAUGUCCAGGAAACUCACGGAUUUUCGUCAUCUCUCCUGAUGGAUUCUAUGGAACCAGUUAUCCAUUUGAACCCCUCAUGAACUGUAACUAUGAAAGUAAAUGCAGGUUCUUAGCUGUACACAAUGACACUUUGUAUGUGUCUGACCUUGGUUUAAACUGUGUUUACAUCACUGACCUUUUUGGCCGGCUGCUCCAAACCAUUGGUCAUUCCGGCCAUAGACUUGGCCUCUUCUCACAAGCAGCUGGCAUUGCAUUGGACAAAGAUGGUCAUAUCAUUGUUGCAGAUAGCAGAAAUGAACGGAUCCAGAUUUUUAGACCUAAUGGAAGAUUCCUGGGUGUUCUAGCACUGAGUGACCCACAUAUUCGUCCCUCCGGCAUCCACCUGACAAGGGAUAGAGGACUUGUUGUAGUAAACUUUACAAAUCAUGAGGUCAGAGUUUACAGGCUCUGUGUUCAGUGAUGGAAUUAAAGGCAGUAUAUCCAGUAAAUAUAUAUCUAUCAGUAUUCAAUGAUAGGCGGAUCUGAUUACAGGCUAACUGGCCAGCUAUAAUGUAUUUGAGUCAGUGUGCAAUGAUACAGUGUUGGAAUCACUGGCAAUAUGACCAGUAAUAUGCCUGUCUCCAUUCAACCAUAGGAGGAACAGUUUACUGGGUACCCGAUUGAAAUCUGUGUGAAGUGAUAUAAUUGAAAUGUAUUUGAGCCAGUGAUAUGACUGACCGAGGAACAAGUUACAGGUAUAAUGAUCAGUUAUUAAUUAAAAUGUAUUUGAGACAAUGUGCAGUGUCAAUACAGCGAAAAGAUAUUGGAGCAUGAAGUGAUAUAAGUGAGGAACAUAUUAAAGGAAUAAUGACUGGUGUUCAGGAGUCAGUGUUCAAUGAUGGAAUUACUGGCAAUAUGGCCAGUUAAUAUCUAUGUCUGUCUGUAUUCAGUAAUAGGAGGAACAGUCAACUCUGUAUUGGAGUCAAUCUGUGUGUAUGAGUGAGGAACAGAAUACAUGCAAAAUGGUCGGUUAAAAUGUAUCGGGGUCAGUGUAGAGUAUCAGUCAGUGUUCAUUGAUAGGAGGAAUAGAUUACAAACAAAAUGACCAUGCAGUUAGAUAAUUAUGUGAUGGAAAAGUCAGAGCGAACAAUAUUAAGAUGAUUAUGUGAUGGAAAAGUCAGAGCGAACAAUAUUAAAUAAUUGUACUAAUCCAGAAGAGGCAUGAUUAUCUUUACUUGUACAACUCUGGUCCUUUCACAAGAUUCAACAAGGGAGAAAUAAUUUGACAUGCAAACACUAAUGUGUGUUUAGUAAGAUUUACUGGCAUACUAUUAUUAUCUUUCAUUGAAUUUCAUUUGUUUGUUCAACAAGAAAGUAGUGCAUUUCUUCUUUUAUGUUGAUUUAGCUUUAAUAAUUCAUUAUAUCUCGAGCUCCAGAUCCCUGCAUACAUGCACUCUUAGUAAAGGUGGUAAUAUAUUGCAAUAUAUGUCCUUGUGUGAGUGUCUGUUCCACAGAGCAAAUAUCAUUAUGAGAAAAAGGUAUUGUAUUUCAUAAACCCCUCAAUGAAUUGAGUUAUAUUCGCUGUGUAGUAUCCUAACAUCAGUUUUUACAACCGAUUAGAAUUCAUUCAUCAGUUUAGAUUAAAGGGUCAAAGGUCAGAAUUUGGUCAGAAGUCCUAACGAUAUCUUAUCUACCAGAACUGGAUCUGUUUUUAGGUAUGAAAACUGCAUGUUCAUGACACCCGCCAGAAGUUGUUAACGAGUAUAAAGAAUUUUUGAUCACAGAAAAAAAACACCUGCAUUCCUUAACUAGGUUUAUACAAUGUUCUAUUUCAAAGGUUGAUUUAUAGACUUGUAUAUAGAUUUGAUAUUUCAAAAUCUGUUGAAAUAUUUUGUUGUGUUGAACCACAAGGAAAGUGAUUGUUUGUUCUAUUGUUCAAGGUUGAUUAAAUAUAUGUAAUGUUGAA